UAAAGACGUGACUGUUGUCAGUGCCGAUUAUCGCAUGGAGGAAAACGUCGGAAAAUGGCGAUGCCUCAGCGGAAAAUGACUGUAAUCCAAGUAUUUCUUUUGCUCGUCGCAAUCUCGAAGGCGUACACGUUUCAAGAGUCGGUCUCAACUGAUUCGACCCCGAGCAGUAACAAUUGCUCGACCACCGACAGCUUCCUCAUUCUUCGUUCCCGAAACGAGGCACGGGAGGGCGAGACGGACACGAUGACGGCGGACGUGCUCGUAGACGGUACGAAGAACAACUCGAACGUGUCGCAUCCCAGGACGUUGACCUUACCCAAGGACUGGGACGAGAAACCGAAACUCAAGUUCCCGAAAUUCACCACGGAGGAGCGUUACAAGAUGAUGAGUUUGCAUCUUGAUAAGGGAUGGUUCGCCUUCGAUUUCCUCAGAGGCUUCUUGCCUUUCGUGCAACCUUACGACAUACCGGCUGAUUUACUAGCGGACGCCGUGGAAAAUCGCAUAAGCACUACUAAAUUGAUCUCCGAGUCUAUGCACGUGGAAGCAGCUUUCUUGGGCUUAGUAGGCAUGUGCUGCGUACUGGCCUGCAUAAUACCUGGCACGGAACUUUGGCUCGCCUGUCGUCCAAUCAGAGAGGAUUACAAACCUCCACGGCAUCCCGGUGUUCUCGCAUUUCUCCUCGCCGUUCUCGUCUUUAUACUCGGGUCUUGCAUGGUGACAAUGAUAAUAUGCAACGAGGCAGUUGCAGUCGGGAUCGCGAAACUCCCUAUAACAGUAGAGACGGCGUUGCAGGAUUUGAAGGACUAUCACGCGGAUACCACAUCACAGCUGCGAAAGUGCCUCACGAGAAGUUUAGACGUGGCCAGCGAAGCGAUCCUCGCGGAUCUGGACAAUGUCGAGGAAUUAUUGGGCAAACCUGUGCAGGCCGAGCUCUCGGCCGAGACUGGACUUGACGUGGCACUGGAUGCGCUUGUUGACCUGGGAAAUGCGACGCAAGAGUUAUCCGUCAGAACCGAAUCUUUGCUCAGGGAGGGUGAGAGAGCUCACGAACUCGGAUUGGAAUUGAGUAGGGAAACGGACGAGAUACGGCGGGACUUGGAAGGUGCGGUGAGAGCAUGCUCGGGUCCAGAUCGUUCUCUUUGUGCUGUCAUUGACUCUUCGGGGAUUCGCCUGGAUCUACGGAUAGAACGGCUACUAAGAGACGAUCGUCUUCUGCGUCUACGGAGUACCAGUCGGGAAAAUUUGACGGAAGCGGGACGUCAAGUUCGCGGGGAAUACCUCCACGUACCGCAUCACAUCGCUCGGAUCACGCUGGAUGCUCGCAACCAGAUUCGACGCGAGAUCGAUGCAGCACGUGCCAGGAUUGUCGAUCAAACGCGCACUGCGGAAACGAACAAUUUCGAACUUUCAAAGCAGCUGGAUUCUGCGAGAAACAUCACGGAUUACGUUGUACCUCAUGUUAUUGCUUUUGAGCAUAUCAGAUGGAUCGUCGGAAUAGCUAGUGCUCUAUGCAUUUUACCGGUUUUUUCAUUACUGAUUGGAGCUUUAUGUUGUCGCUGCGGAUCAUCCGAAAAUAAAGUGCGUCCAACUCUUUUGUGUGGUGUGGCCACGAGCUGUUUUGUCUCGAUUACACUAUGGGCAGUGUUCAUGGUCGCUUUGGGCAUCGCCAGCCAUACAGAAAUGUUGAUAUGUCGACCGCUGUACGAUCCUGACUAUCGUACUAUAGAAGUUGUGCUGGAAACUCGAAUGUUUUUAGGAAGAAGACUCACAAUUCCUCUCAAGGAGCUCUUUGAAAAAUGUCGAAACAACGAGGCAGCUUAUCCCGCCUUUGGUCUGGAAAACGUGAUGAAACUGGAACAUUUGACUGCGCAUUGGGCAUGGCCAGGCCUGUCUAGAGCAAUCUCAAAUGUUAAAGUCGAUUUGAAGGGCCUACAAAUAUUAACGCCGAAUUUACGACAACGUCUUCAGGAUCUCUUAUAUGCUUGUGGUUUGAACCUCACCGCGCAUAGAAUUAUGAUUCAAGGACCGAUUCUGAGUAAAGAUAUAAGUACAUUGUCUGACCAACUGGACAAUGUAUCCCGUCAGCUCCAGGAUCGAAGUACUGCCAAGGAACUGCAAAGCAUCGGGACAACAAUGCGGGAUCUAACAUUGCGCCGAGUGAAACCGCUAAUGAAAUUACAAGACGAUCUGGUCUAUCGCCUUGCUGUUCUUGAGUUGCAAGUGCAACCUCUUUGGCGUCAAGUCAAUCAAUCGAUUUCACAUCUGAGGACAAUACAAUAUUAUAUAGAUAAUCAGGGAGAGAAGAUUGCUCAAUUGAAAACAAAAUUAUACAUGGACCGACUAUCGAAUUACCUAGAUCAAUGGCGGACUCACGUAUUCUCUGAGAUAACCACGGAAGUAUCAAAGUGUCGACCCUUGUGGGACAUUUUAGAAGGACUGAGAUAUUUACUAUGUGCUCACAUUUUAAGCCCUUUUAACGGUUUCUGGUUUGCUACGUUCAUAUGCGUAAUCGUCAUGAUAGUCGGCACACCAACGGCUCAUAUUUUGUCACUAGUAUACAGGAAACCGUCUCGAUUCGUAGAAGAUGCUACCCUACUGUCAACAAGAGCUGCAAGUCUCAACUCGGAUGACGAUAGAACGUGGCAGAUGCCAGACCCUCCGCCACCGCCACAAAACGAUUGGUAACAAAUGAGGACGAAGGACGAGGACUUCGCGUUGCAGGCAGACUCAGAAAGAAGUUAAUAUAGCAUCGAAAUUUAAUAUAGCAAAAACAUCGAAGAAGCUUCAAGUAUAGAUAAGUAUACAAAAUAAGUUUUACUUGUAUCUAACUUAUCGCAAGCAGAUUUCUAAAAGUUAACUGCCGUUUAUACAUUUUUAUGAAGUCUACUUGAUCUCUCAGAAUAGUGGCAUUAGUGCGAAGAAUUCUUCAUGCGUCUGUUUGUUAAAAAAAAUAAUAAUAAUAAACCUUUCAAAUGUA